CCAGCUGGGGUAAAGCGACUUCUGAUUUGGUGACGCAAUAAGGCUGCGACCGGGCUCCAACUCACCCCACGUGAAUUCCUGAUAGCCAUGGCCGCUCUCGCAGCUUGUGAAGAUUGGGUUGUGGCGACCAGUGGGAAAAGUCUAAUUGCAGUUCCGAUUAAAUCAGAGAGAGAACCAUUCCUCUACGACUGUAGCAAGGCGGAGCAAAAGCCUAAAGACAGCAAUAAUAAAAGUGAAGAAGGUGGAUCGGAAGAGACCAGUACCGACAAGAUCUUAGCUUUCGCUAUUUCCUCCUGCGGAAAGUUCUGUGCCUUAACGGAUGACCGCAAACGCCUAGUUCUAUUCCGUACUGUGCCGUCCUGGCACCGUGUCAGUAUCAGGUGGGUUGUGCGGCGAUGCACGUCACUGGUGUUCACCGAGGCCGGAGAUGAGAUUUUGGUGGCGGAUAAAUCUGGUGACGUCUACUCCUUCUCUGUAUUGGAAUACGAAAAGGAGGGCCAGCUCAAGCUGGGGCAUCUUUCCAUGCUUUUGGCUGUGGCUGUAAGCAACAACGACAAGUAUGUAAUCACAGCUGACCGUGAUGAGAAAGUUAGGGUGAGCGUCCUCAAGUCGCCCCACAACAUCCAGUCAUUCUGUUUGGGGCAUCGAGAGUUUGUCAGUGCUUUGUGCACCUCUGCUCUGCAUCCCAAUUGGCUGUUGUCUGGCUCCGGGGAUGGGACAGUGAAGCUCUGGGAGUACGAGACCGGCCGACAGCUGCAGAGCUUGGACCUGAAGGAUCUUGCUGGGAUGUCGCCCUCAAACACCAAGAGGCUUGCCAUCUCCAGGGUCGUGAGUUCGCCAGAUGGUCACGUGGCAGUGCUGUGUGAAAGUGUUCCUGCAGUGCAUUUGUUCCGGGCUGAUGUGGAAACAGAGCAGAAGCUCAUACCUUCGGAAACGCUGACGCUCCCUCACGCUGCUUGGGAUCUGACCUUUGACCCCCGGGGUCACCUCUGGGUCCAGCUGGAGAGCCAGGACCAGCCCAUUCUGCUAUACACACACACACAAGAUGGCUGGGAGUGUGAAAGUCAGAGUCCAGAGCUGAAAAUGGUGAUGGAGGCGCUACAAAGCCACUGGGAUAUCUUCAAGGACUCACUGCACCUGGAAAGUCCUUUCAAGCACCUGUACAAGGUGAACUUUGACAAUAUGGCCUCUUACCUGGAAAAGAAGCAGGAGAGAAUCCAACAGCAAGGACAGAAGGGGGGCAAGAAGAGGGUGGGCCGGCUCCAUCAGUCCAACGGGGCGAGCAAGAAGGCCAAGAUGGACACCCCCCCCGCUGUCACUCACGAUUCUGGCUGAGACUGGUGGGGUCCUGGGCUGCUGCUGGAUGUUUUGCUUUUAUGGACGUGAUGGAGGCGUUUUAAGAAACAAUUUAAUGGCCAUGCUUACAGAGCACCUGACAAAGAUUUCAUUUUUUUUUAAGCUGCUGCAAAAUAAGAUGGCAUGCAUUAGAAUGCUGUUAUUAAAUGUGUAUUUGUAUAUGACUCCAAACUCUGUCUAAUUGGGACAGCUGUGUGCAGGUACAGAUGCUUCUGUAAGCCAGUCUUUAUUUUCCAUCUCUGUGUUCUGUGCCUGGAUGCUCGUUCAUGCUUUUACUUAGUUGGUUGCUUGGGGUGACUGGGAGGCUCAGCGGAAAGAAAUCAGAUCACCAUCAGCUCAGCACCCCCUGUCUUGGAGGUGUGAAGUGUCCUAACUGAAGUGGGGUGCUGUACCAUACCCCCCACUGGUGAGAAACAGAGGGCAGGCCCUCACUAUGGGGGGGGGGAGUAUUCAAUAAGGACUGCUGCUCUUGCAUGGGCUUUCCCCAUGGCCCAUAGGUGAUCCAUGUGCUGUAGAGGGACCUGCAUUAUUUUCCUACUGCUGGUUUACCUGUCAGUCACUGCAAGCUGUUGAAGCCCUGAUCAGUUACUGUUUAAAAAAAAAAUAAAAAAUCAAUUCAUCAAUA